AUGAGCCGGCGGGCGUGCUCUCGGUGCCUGGCGCUCGCGGCCUGCUGGGCGCUGGCGGCCGCCUCGCGCCUCGCGCAGGGCGCCGCCCGCGGCGCGUCGAGGACCCGGGAGGGCGCCAGCGACCUGCAGGUUGGCGGCGGCGGCCGCGCUGCGCGCCGCUGCGGCGGCGAUUUUGCCCAGUGUCCCGAAGGCCCGUUGCCGGGCUGCCCUGGCGGCGCGCCAGCGUGGGAACUGCCGGGGCGGCCGGCUCCUCAGGUAAGCUACGCCUUGGUUACAGGGGCGAGAUAUACCAAGCAGAAGGGUGGCCGACCCUGGGCGCAGCUGCGCACCUGGCUCUCGGAUACGCCCGGGGGCUCCUGGGCUUAUUUCAGCGACGAGGCUGACGCCCAGCUGCCCGCGUGGGAGGUGCCUGGCACCUCCGGCGGCUGGGGCCCCUCGCAGCGCAAGUGGCUUGGCCUGCUCGCCCGUCUCGCGGAGGGCGCCUCGCCGUUCGACCGGGCGGGCUUCUUCCCUCGAGGCUCUCCCUGGCUCUUCGUCGGUGACGACGACACCUUCGUCUGGCCCGAUGCGCUCCGAGACCGCCUGCAGGGCGUGCGCGGCGACCCGGACAGAGAUGCCCUCUACUUGGGCCUGCCCGACAGCGGGAUCGCGCAGUCCUUGGGCAUCGACCUCGGGGAGGUGAGCAGCUACUGCCUCGGCGGGGCCGGGUUCCUCCUCAGCCGCGGGGCCGCGGGCGCGCUGCGCGGCCAGGACCCCAGCAGCGCCUGCGCGGACCUAUUCGACGAGCACGCGCACGCCGACGUCGCGCUGGCGCGCUGCCUGGCCCGCACGGUGGGCGUCCAGGGCUGCGCCCGCUUCGGGGGCCUGAACCAGGUGGAGUCCGAGCAGGCAAGUAAGCGCGGCCCCGAGCGGUUAAUCAUGGGACGUACGAGCGGCCAUGAGCGGUUAAUCAUGGGCUACCACUGCAUCCGAUACGCUCUCACAGCCGGCGCCGGGCUCACGGUCGGCUUCUGCCUGGGGGCUGCCGCGGGCCUGGCGAGAUUGUCCGACUUGGCGGGAGCCUCGUACGCAAUCUCCUUCGGUUUCCAAGGGCUGCAGGAAAGCGCAGGGUCGCCGCCCGGGCGGCCAGCCCUGUGCGCGGGCGAGCCCACCACAGGCGUUGGCGUGGCCGUGCCUGUGGCGGCAGCGACCGAGCGGGCCAGACCCCUGGUCCUGGCGGCGGCGAGCGUGGCGCAGGAGUUCGGGAUCGAUGGGCUUUGCAAGCAUUUCGGCUGGACAGCUCGUCCAGAGGGUCAGCGAAGACCGCGUCUAUUUUACUGCACCCUCGUCGGGAACAACGGCCAGCAGGACGUCUAUGACCUGACUUUCGCAGAGAUCUAUCCGCUCGUUGAUCGGAUCGUUGCUUUGGAUCCUUUAGUGACCCUGACAGGAGCUCCAAGGCAGCCGAGCUUGAACAUGUCUGACGCGAGGUGGAAGCGCUAUGGGGACAAGCUGCGGCACGUCGUGUUGGAGAAUCCGAUUCCAGAGUGGAACCCCAAACUAUUUCCGAAAUGGUCUUCAGAGCAGCGGGAUAAGUUGAGCAGGCCAGGGCAUCACCAAAGCACGGAUCCGUUCAUCUUGGAGGAGUGGAUCCGCGCCCAAUUCCAAAGGGGCUUGCAGGACUCCGCGGGCACAUGGGAGUUGCACAAAGAGGACAUCCUCAUCGUCGCGGACUCUGACGAAAUCCCGCUUCGUGAGUCUCUUGUUGCCCUCGCUGAGUGUGAGAGCACCGCGUUCGCGGAGGUGAAGCGCAAGCUGGCUGGGGGCAGAAAACCACAAGACGCAUGCGUCAAGGACGCGAAGGUACUGUUGCUUUCCCAAGUGUUUGAGUAUUACAUCGAUUGUCCCACCACCGUUCCUGCGUGGUGGCACCCAGACGCUAUCCUCGCGGUCUGUGUCAUGGAUGGCGGGAUCGACAUGCAGGAGGUCCGCACUGGCAGCUCUGGCAGUAUGACGCCUGUCGUGGCCUCCCGUCACAUCCACAAUUUUGCGAUGUCUAACGAUGAGGUCAUCUUCAAGUACACGCACUACGCGGAGCCUAGGGUGCCAGGUCUGAAAGAGCGUGUUCUAACGUUGCUGGCAGAAAACCAGGGAGGGUCUAGACGCUGGGCUGUCGGCCCCGACGAUUGACGAGAUGCGCUGGCGAGCCUGCGACCCGAAUGCAUUUGACAUUGGGCCUGGCGGCUGGUACAUGGACGUCAGGCCGUCCACUGAGCUCGUCAACCCGGCCAACACGCGUCGGUACCACCUGCCCGCGGAGCAGCGGCGUGGGAUCGACAGGCCUCUCGCGCUGCUCGAGGAGAGGCCAGAGUUGGCCGCGAAGAUCUUCUGGAAGGGGCACGACGAGCACGUGAACCCCUUCGUGGGGAAGCCGGGCGGGCAUCACGACUUCUCGCCAGGCUGGGAGGAGAAGCGUCGGAAGCCAGGGUGGUGAUGCUCUCGGGUCGGAUCGGGUCUGGCAUGGCAUUCGGAUGCAGUGCGGAACACCGUUGAGCCCGCGGGCUGAGCUCGGACAUGCCAUGAUGGCGCAUGCGUCCCGCACAUCCAGUACAGCGUUUCGUGGCCCCCUCCUCCCUUCUCCCUCCAUAUUCAUUGAGACUCGUAGCUCUGUUCGUGGUAUGUGUCGCGGGCCUUUAUUCUGGCAGUCAGCUGGCUUGCGACCGUUGCCUCUUCUCGCAGGCGUGGCCCGGUAUAUCUGGGCAGCAGAGUCUUCAUUUCAGCCUGCUGGACCGCCCGUCGCUCAUCGGCAAAAGUGACUCGGGAGCUGGCGGGCGUGGCAGACAGAUCGGGCAUAUGGCGCGGGCAGCAACGCCUCGCUGAAUGCCAGCGCGGUAGGGAACUUAAUAUUUUUAAAGUGGCGCCGCCAGAGGUCCUGCGCGGUGGCCGCGCAAACAUGCCCAGUCGUCCCUAUUGCUCCCCCCC